GGCUACGCGAUCCCGGAGCUGGUAGCGUGCAGUGGAACCAGAGACGGGCAGCGAGGAGGUCGCUGCGGUAGUUUGGUUUUUCGUCAGAAAGUGACAGAAAAGUCGCAGGAGAGCCAGCUGUGCGCGUGUCGUGUACACGGCGACCGACUGCGGACUCUGAGGGCUCCUCGCGACUUUUUCUCCGUGGAUAAGAGAGCCGGGACCAGGUAUUCACACUGGAUUUAACACCGCUCGCUGUUAGGAAACUAGCAGGAUGUCCACGGAGGUCGAGCGGAGUCAGCUCGGCUCGGGUUUGACAGCGGAGGAGCAGCAGCAGAAGAACCAAAACAAGUCCGACGGGCCUCGGGAGCCCGAAGAGAAGCCGCAGAGGGGCUCCGACAGGCAGGACGACCACCACCACCACCACCACCACCACCGCCGCGGCUCCGAGGAGGCGAAGAGCCCGGCGGACACGCACAAGAGCCGCAAGGAGAACGACAAGGAGAACGACCAGAGCGGCAACGCCGCCGACGCGUCCCCGGCCGCGGAGGUGGCGAAGCGGCAAGUGGUCGAGGCUCCUCCGCCGAAGGUGAACUCGUGGACGAAGCGGACGACGGGCAGGGUGCCGGGCGGCGGUGUCGGCAGCCCCGCGCCGCAGGAGAAAGAACAACAAAACACUCUGAAAGUCGUUCGUGUCAGCAAACCCAGAACGAGAAAAUCCAGCAAGUCCGGAGACUUCAGUGACAUCACAAACUGGCCCACACCCGGGGAGCUGGCCAAAGAGCAGCAACAAAACGUGCUCAACAACGGGAAGAAGCCGGCUGCCGUGCGCCGGGACAAGGAGAAGAGCGGCCAUGACGGCGGGGAGAGCAAAGAGAACCAGGAGGCUUCGCCCGACCCGCCGGGGGAGACGCCCAAAGACGGGGGGGAGUCCAAGGCGGGACAGGACGCCAAGAGCGCCGGCCUGAAGAAGAGGGGGGGCGAAGGUAACAAACGUAAGUGGGUUUCCCUGCCGAUGGAGGAGGCGUCCCGGGACGACGGCGAGAAGGCGCCCGGCGUGGGUCCUCCGGACGCGGCGCCCACCAGCGACACGGCCGACCCCGCGUCGCCCAAUCACGCGCUCCAUAACAGCCGGGCGCAUGACGGCAGCAGGAGUUGGAGACGAGAGCCGCGGGACUUUGGGGACGACGGCGGGAGCCUCCGCGGAGGAGCGCGAGGCCGAGGGAAAGGUCGCGGCCGCGGGAGAGGUCGCGGACGAGGCCGCUACGAGAACCCUCAGGGCUUCCGGGACUUCCAGUCGUCCGACGGCUCGGCUCAGGGCGCCUCGGAGUUCGGCUCCAACAUGGUUUACUACUACGACGACGGCAGCAAGGUGCAGAUGUACUCGGUGGACGAAAAGCUGCUGAAGGAAUACAUCAAACGGCAAAUAGAAUACUACUUCAGCCUCCACAACCUGGAGAGAGACUUCUUCCUCAGGAGGAAGAUGGACGUCCAGGGCUUCCUCCCCGUCUCCCUCAUCGCCAGCUUCCACCGGGUCCAGGCCCUCACCAUGGACGUCAGCCUCAUCCUGGAGGCGCUGAAGAGCAGCAAAGAGGUGGAGGUGGUGGACAACAAGGUGCGCUGUAAAACCGACCCGGAGCGCUGGCCCAUCCCCGCCCCGCACGCCGUGGGCUCCCCCCGGACCGACUUCUCCCAGCUCAUCAACUGUCCCGAGUUUGUCCCUCGACAGACUCUCAGCUCCUCAAACUCCGUGACGCGUCCCUUUCAAGCUUCGUCCCCCGAGAAGAAGACCCCCCCCGAGUCCGAUGAGCACGAGGACUCUGCCGGGCCCAGCUCCUCCAGCCAGGACUCCCCGCCGGCCAAGGACGCCCCCCCUCCGCCCGACGCCGACGUCUGGAUCCAGGUGGAGAAACGCCACCGACAGCCCGCCGCGAAGGAGCGCGGCGACGCUUCGGCGAGCGGCCCCCCGGCGCCUCACCCGGCCCUCCCGGAUCAGGAGGAGCUGGACUUCCUGUUCGACGAGGAGAUGGAGCAGAUGGCGCCCAGGAAGAACCGGUUCACCGACUGGUCGGAAGACGACGACUCGGACUACGAGCUGGACGACCAGGACGUCAACAAGAUCCUCAUCGUCACGCAGACCCCGCCCUCUCUGCGCAAGCACCCCGGAGGCGACCGGACCGGGAACCACGAGUCGCGGGCCAAGCUGACCACCGACCUCGCCAAAGCCAUCAACGACGGGCUGUUCUACUACGAGCAGGACCUGUGGAAGGGGGAGGAGACUGUGGAGGUCACCAAGCAGGAAGUGGAGAACUUUAAGAAGAUAAACGUCAUCAGUCAAGACGAGUUUGAAACUUUGACCCCCAAAGUGCCCAAUGACCCGAAACAGGAAGCCACGCCUCCUCUCACGCCAGGUGUUCUCUCAGUCGACGGCGGCGCAGAGUUGGCUCGCUCGCUGCCCGCUACGGUCCCGGAGUCGCCCGUCUCACAGACGCCCCGGACCCCCCGGACGCCGCGCACCCCCGGACGCCAGGACCCCAGCAAGACGCCGCGCUUCUACCCCGUCAUGAAGGAGAGCGGCACCAUCGACGGACAGACGCCGAGGAAGAAGAAGACGCGCCACAGUUCUAACCCUCCGCAGGAGGCCCACAUCGGCUGGGUGAUGGACUCCCGAGAGCACCGGCCGCGCUCCUCGUCCAUCAGCAGCUCCAACGCCUCCCCCUCAGAAGGAGCUCCGCUGUCGGGGAGUUACGGCUGCACCCCCCACUCGCUGCCCAAAUUCUGGCACCCCUCCCACGACCUGCUGAGGGACAACGGCUUCACCCAGCAGGGGUACCACAAGUACCUGCGGCGCUGCCUCAACGAGAGGAAGCGGUCGGGCAUCGGUCAGUCGCAGGAGAUGAACACUCUAUUCAGGUUCUGGUCCUUCUUCCUGAGGGACAACUUCAACAGGAAGAUGUACGAGGAGUUCAAACUGCGGGCGCUGGAAGACGCCAAAGAAAACUACAGGUACGGACUGGAAUGUCUCUUCAGAUACUACAGUUACGGUUUGGAGAAGCGGUUCAGGUUGGAUCUGUUCAAGGACUUUCAAGAGGAGACGCUCAAGGACUUUGAGAGAGGUCAGCUGUAUGGACUUGAGAAGUUCUGGGCCUUCUUGAAAUACUCAAAGAUGAAGAAGCAGCCGAUCGACCCGAAGCUGCAGGAACACCUCUCCCAGUUCAAGAACCUGGAGGACUUCAGGGUGGUGCCCCCCAUGGGAGAGGAGGGAGGCAGGAGGAGACGUCACUCGUCCUCGGCUGGGGAUGAAGGCCGGCGUCGGCGACAUCCUUCCAACACUACCUCCAAACCCUGCGCUGCCGGCGGCGCACAUGCCGCGCCCAAAGACCACGCCCACAAAACAGCCGCCGCCAGCAAGGGGAAGAAGGCCGAGCCCGGGGCCGCAAAGAAGGAGAGUGUCGCACCAAACAAAUGAGGCUCCCUCGUGUCGGGUGUGGCUUUGCAAAGGAGACGUGUGGAGCGAGGCGGCCGCACCAGCAAGCAGCAGCUCUGAGAUCAGCGCUUCGCUCUUUUCAGCGGUCAAAUCCGUUUGGGAAUGAAGAGAGACUGAGCGCGGUCCACUUCGUCUGAUUGUUUCUUUUUUUUGGUUUUCUAUCUGUGCAUUUCAUUUGCAAAGCAAGCAAGCGUCGGCAGUGAGCCCGAAUCUGUGCGCCAGCUCGUAUAACGUUUACAAAACAAAAAACAACAAAAAAAUGCAUUCCCUGCAUUUUGCCUUUUUUUUUUUCCUUCUCAGAUGCCAAAAGUCUUCAACGUCUCUUUUGUUGAGCACAAUCUGUAAAGAGCUCUGGUUCUGUACGGAGCUCUGCGCCUGUUGAACUGGGAUUCUGGUUCGGUGAGAUAAGAGAUGCCUUCAGAUUGUCUUGAGUGCCUUAAUCUGAUUCAGCAGUAGAGGGGGGGGGGGGGCAAAGAGUCCAUAUUCCGUUACGUCGGGUUUGAACGCAUUUAAAACUGACACCACUUAAGUUCUUUUUGUUUGUUUUUUAAAUCUCUUCUCGAGACGUAAAUAUCUUAAUUUUUUUUAUCAUGACAAUCAAUCUGACGGCUGCAGUCAUAAAUUUGUGAAGGACUUCGCCCCGAGGCUGCUGCUCAUAUACAGAUGUGUCCCGAUGUUCACGCCGACGGACGUCGCGGCCAAAGUUACCACGUUGGUUUUCAAUUAACUGCAGGAAUAAUGACAAAUUUUAAGUGGGAAAGUCGCUUUUCUUCAACUCCCGUUUUUACACCCGUGGGUGGUAUAAUUUAUUGUGUUAUUCUUGUUUUUAUUUUUACUUGAUUUGAAACAUUUCUGCUGGAAUUGUGUGUGUGACGCUCACAUCAUAAAACCACGGUAUAUUUUAGCUUACUUCAUAUUAUGUUUGAGGCUUUGUGCUCUAGAGCGCUUAAAUCAUUAACUUUCCUUUACUUGAUCAAUGGACUUAAGAGGUUUUUAGAGUUUAAAGAAAAAAAAAUGUAAAUACUAUAAAAAAUCAUUUGCUAUUCAAUUAUUCUUUUUGAUUUUAAGAAUUGAUUUUGUUUUAUCGGUAGUGUGGUUUUGAGUGUGUAUUUUAGGAUAAUGCAAUGCAUGUUAAUGCCACAGUCUUGAAUUGUAAAAUGCAAAAAAAUAUAAAACAGUUGAUUGUA